AACAGCUCGCUGACACAAACCCGUGGACGUACAAAACAAAACAAAAAUCGUGUUUCUUCAUUAUUCGCAAAUUCGUAAUCAGUAAAACUGUCACGAUGGCAUCACAUAGCAUGUGUGGAGGAGCGACGGAAGCUAAAGAGGCUACGGAAGAAGUUCAUGAGAUCUGUCAAAGCAUGAGGGUCCAUGCAGAGAAAAAAGCAGGGAAAACAUUUGAAGUUUUCACAGCAGAGAGCUUCAGGACUCAGUGCGUGGCCGGGACCAACUACUUCAUCAAGGUCCAUGUGGGAGGAGACGAACAUGUUCACCUCCGAGUUUAUAAAAAACUCCCAUGUCAUGGAGGAGAAUUAGAGUUGACUGAUAUGCAGCAUCCCAAGAGCCAGGCAGACCUUAUUGAGUACUUCUAAUAUGAUCCUACACCAAACACAGCAUCAGUGCCAACAGGUUGCCGUCUCAUUAUAAUCAGUGAUGAUCAAAUUAUCCUGGCUCAAUAUAUAAAACAAUCCUUCUGCUGUUUCCACUUCUAACAUCUUGCAACACAAUGUGUCAUACUGCAGAUCAUGAUGUAAAGAGCAUUUCAAAAUAAAGAAUUUUGUGCAACAUUCAAGAAUAAAUGAAUCAGAUUAUUUUGU